UUGACUUUUUAGCGGCGGCCAUCCUCUCUCUCACUGCUGUUUCACUGUUUCAUCGUACUUUUAUCGAGCAUUUUUAUUCCUUCUACUCCGCUUUCCCUCCCACAGUCCAAACAUGCAUGUUAGGAUAAAAAGCAGAAAUAAAUCAAGAAUAUAAUACGACCCUGGAUAAACAAAACUCAUUUUGGUGAAAGAAAAGACAAAUCAUGUGUUGCAGAUGGGAGUUAGUGACACUCAAGUCUUUGUCAAGCUUCCGUGAGUCAGUGAAACUUCAGUCUUUGUUUACCCAUGAAUCAGUGACACUGAGUCUUAUCCAGCACCCACAAGUCAGUGAAGCGCGAGUGAAAUGUGUCAGUGAAAUUUGAGUCUUUGUUGAGCAUUCGUCAGUCAGUGAAACUCGAGUUUUCGUCAAGCACUCGUGAGACUUUGUUGAGCACCCAUGAGUCAGUGAAACUCGAGUCUUCAUUGAGCACCUGUGUGUCAGUGAAACUUGAGUCUUUCUCAGUCCAUGAAUCAGUGAAACUUGAGUCUUCGGCGAGCACCUGUGUGUCCGUGAAACUCAAGUCUAUGUGAAGUCAGUGAAACUCGAGUCUUCGCCGAGCAUCUGUGAUUCAGUGAAACUGAAGUCUUUAUCAACCCAUACAUCAGUGAAACCCGAGUCUUCCUCAAGCACCCGUAAGUCAGUGAAACUCAUUUUUCGUUGCGCACCCAUGAAUCAGUGAAACUCGAGUCUUCAUUGAGCACCUGUGUGUCAGUGAAACUCGAGUCUUUGUCAACCCAUGAAUCAGUGAAAGUCGAGUUCUUUUCAAGCACCGGUGAGGCAGUGAAACUCGAGUCUUUGUCAAGCACCCGUGAGUCAGUGAAAGUCGAGUUCUUUUCGAGUACCCAUGAGGCAGUGAAACUCGAGUCUUCGGCAAGCACCCAUAAGUCAGUGAAACACGAGUCUUCGUCGAGCACCUGUGUGUUCGUGAAACUCAAGUCUAUGUCGAGCCAGUGAAACUCGAGUCUUUGUCAACCUGUGAGUCAGUGAAACGCAAGUCUUUGCCAAGCAUCUGUGAUUCAGUGAAACUCAAGUCUUCGUCAACCCACGAAUCAGUGAAACUCGAAUCUUUGGCAAGCACCUGUAAGUCAGUAAAAAUCACGUUUUCGUCGAGCACCCGUAAGUCAGUGAAACUCAAGUCUUCAUCGAGCACCUCUGUGUCAGUGAAGCUCGAGUCUUUGUCAACCUGUGAGUCAGUGAACUCGAGUCUUUGGCAAGUCAGUGAAACUCAAGCCUUCGUCGAUCACCUGUGUGUCAGUGAAAGUCAAGUCUUUGUCAAUCUGAGUCAGUGAAAUGCAAGUAUUUGUCAAGCAUCUGUGAGUCAGUGAAACUCAAGUCUUUGUCAUUGACACCCAUGAAUCAGUGAAACUCGAAUCUUUGGUCAGUGAAAAUCACGUUUUCAUCGAGCACCUCUGUGUCAGUGAAGCUCGAGUCUUUGUCAACCUGUGAGUCAGUGAAACGCAAGCAUUUGUCCAGCACCCGUGAGUCAGUAACACCAAAGUCUUCGUCGAGCAACCGUGGUUCAGUGAAACUCAGGUCUUUGCCAAGCCACAAAUCAGUGAAACUCGAGUCUUUGGCAAGCACCUAUAAGUCAGUGAAACUCAAGUCUUUGUCGAGCACCCGUGAGUCAGUAAAACUCAAGUCUUUUCAACCCGCGAGUCAGUGAAAUUUGAAUUUUUGUCAAGCACCCGUGAGUCAAUUAAACUUGAGUACUCAUCAACCAGUGAGGUAGUAAAACUUGAGUAUUUCUCGAGCACUUGUGAGUCAGUGAAACUCAAGUCUUUGUCAGGCAUCUGUGAGUCAGUGAAAUUCGAGUCUUCGUCAAGCGCCUGUGUGUCAGUGAAAUUUGAGUCUUUGUCAAGCACCCGUGACUGAAUUAAACUUGAGUAUUCGUCAACGAGUUAGUUCGUGAAACUCGAGUAUUCCUCGAGCGCCUGUGAGUCAGUGAAACUCGAGUGUUUGUUGCGCAGGAGCGUGAUAGGAGAGUUGAUUUGAGGCAAGGUUCAUGCGCUUCUACAAAUAAUCCAGAAGAAUCCAUUUAUCCAAAUAAUGCACAGUGAAUUAGCUCGCGCUAGCAAGGGUGAGUCGGUGGAGGAGUUAACGAAGACGAGUACCCGUGAGUCACGAUUCAGUGAAAGAAACUCGCGAGUCGUUGUCAUGAUGUUCCGGGUGGAGGCUAAAAAGCUUAGUGGACUGGAAAACGGCGGACAUGUGACGAGAUGAAUGCUCCCUCCUCCUCUUCCUCUUCGGCAAGCAGAGAGCAGGUGCGACUCUCUCUUUUGUGAAUGGUGGGGCCGGUCAUGUGACGCAGCAGCAGUCAACCCUCCAAAACACAGCGUCGUCAUUAAAAUGGUGUCGGGUUUUAGUGGAGGAGAGCACGGCAAGCAGGUGUAACCUUGAGGCCUCCGAGAGAUGCUCUGUCUCAGUCUGACGGAGGCAAGAUGAACACACAUGCUGAAGAUAAAGCCAUGUAAUCUUCAUCUGUCCCCCGAGAGAAGUUAAUUACCAUCUUCAUCCCCGCUUCUUCUCUUGCUGCCACUUUUACUGCUCACACGGAUUAGUGGCAAAAGCAUAGCCCGAAAUGCUCCGUUGGACAUUAUAGUAAUUGCAAUAUUCUAGAGGCUAUUAUUACCCCAAUCUCACACACGGCAUUGGACAGGCAUGGGCCACAACAUUAGCUACAUUCCUGCUAGCCUGACGUUGACGUUCUUCUCUGAUUUUGGAUCACCGUUUGCAAUAACAGUGACUGUUGUAAUUAUUGGAUUAGAAUUGAUCCUUCCCUUCAUAAGCCUCACACACGUGUUCAACACAUUUCAAGUAUAAGUGAGGCAGUGAAACUCGAGGCUUUGUCAAGCACCCGUGAGUCAGUGAAACUCGAGUCUUUGUCAAGUACCCGUGAGUCAGUGAAAGUCGAGUUCUUUUCAAGCGCCCGUGAGGCAGUGAAACUCGAGUCUUUGUCAAGCACCUGUGAGUAAGUGAAAGUCGAGUCCUAUUCAAGCACCCGUGAGGCAGUGAAACUCGAGUCUUUGUCAAGUACCCGUGAGUCAGUGAAAGUCGAGUUCUUUUCAAGCGCCCGUGAGGCAGUGAAACUCGAGUCUUUGUCAAGCACCUGUGAGUAAGUGAAAGUCGAUGCCUAUUCAAGCACCCGUGAGUCAGUGAAACUCGAGUCUUCAAGUCUACCUAAUGUUAUCAUGCUAACACUUAACAUGAUCACAAAAAGUAUUUUUACAAGUUCUACUUAUAAAAAUGGCUAAAAAUGCUACGAUGCUAGUGUUAUCAUGCUAACAUGCUAACGUUAGCAUGCAACACCUAGCAUGGUAGUGCUAAGGGUCCACGUAUGUUUAUACUCAUAACAAUAGCAGAAAAUGCUACUAUGCUGAUGUUAGCAUCCUAACAUGCUAACUGCUAGCAUGCUAACAUGUAGGAUGAUAGGGCAAUACACCAGAAAUCAGUGAAACGCAAGUCUUUGAGUCCAUCUAAUGUUAGCAUGCUAACACUUAACAUGAUAAAGAACCAAAAUCAAAAAGUGUUUCUAUGAGUUGUACUAAAAUGAUACUAUGAUAACUUUAGCAUACUAACAUUUGCAUGCAACACAUCGCAUGGUAGUGCUACGUGUCUACGUAUGUUAAUACUCAUAACAAUGGCAGAAAAUGCUACUACGCUAAUGUUAGCAUACUAACAAUGCUAACAUGCUAACUGCUAACACAUAGCAUGAUAGGGCAAUACACCAGGAAUGUUAAAUGUCUUGAUUGAGCUGUGCAUUUUGACUUCGGAAUGGUUUAAAUCAGCUGAGAAAUGUGGUAGCAGUAACAAUUGUUAUGUUUAGAUUCAGAUAAAAUUGGGAAUUUUGCGUAUAAUUAACAUUUUUGUCAUGUGAAAAACAGGUAGCCUGAAUGUCCUGAACAUGUUGAACAGUUUGAUGUUGGAAUGGCUUGAACUGGUUGAGAAAUGUGCUUGUCGAAACAACUGAUAUGUUUUUAGAGAAAAGUGGGAAUUUUGCAUAAAACAAAAAAUGUGAAAAGUAGGUAGCCUGAAUGUCAUGAAGGCAUUGAAGAGUUUGAUGUUGGAAUGGCUCAAAUGAGUUGAGAAAUGUGGUAGUAGAAACAAUUGAUACGUUCUUGGUGGCAGUUGAAACAAUUGAUACACGAUAUUUUUAGAGAAAAGUGUGAUUUUCCGUAAAACAUUUUUUUUUUGUCAUGUGAAAAACAGGUAGCCUGAAUGUCCUGUUGGAUGUUGGAAUGGCUUGAAUCGGUUGAGAAAUGUGGUAGUAGAAACCAGUUGAUUUGUUUUUAAAGAAAGCGAUAAUUUUGCUUGAAAAAAAAUGUUUGUCACGUGAAAAAUAGGUAGCCUGGAUGUCCUGAACGUAUUGCAAAGUUUGAUGUUGGAAUGGCUUGAAUGAAUUGAAGAAUCUGGACUUGGAAAGAAAUCUUAGAAGAAGAGGAAGUAGUGUUUCAAAAAGUGUGACUUUUGCAAAAAAUCUAAAUGUUUGAAAUGUGAAAAAUGAUGAGUUUGAAAGGCCAGAGUGAGUGGAAUGGUUUCAUGGUGGAGUGGCUGGAAUCCUUUGAGAAAUGUGAGAACGGUGGAAGUUUGAACAACUGGCUCAUUCAUUUUCAAUGGGAAAAACGUGGUGGAAUUUGGGGAUUUUGGAUUUUUUCGUGUUUUCUGUCAGGCUUCUACCGGAGUACGGAGACAUGGACGCCUCAUGCGGCCUCACAGACAACAGAGCCUCACCUCCCGACUCCUUAAACGUGAGCCCACCUGGAGGAGGCGCAGGGGUCUCGUCCUCGCACCGUAAAAGGCGUACGCUGGUUGCCCCGGAGAUGAACCUGUCCCUGGACAAGAGCGAGGGUUCUCUGCUGUCUGAUGACUUCCUGGACACACCCGACGACCUGGACAUCAACGUGGACGACAUCGACACGCCAGAUGAGACUGACUCGCUGGAGUUCAUCACCAACGGCAACGAUCUGGAAUGGGAAGAUGAUACCCCGGUGGCAUCGGCCAAGGCGGGUCCGACCGGCGGCCCAGGCGACGUGGACGAGGAGGGAAACGCCAACAGCGCCCGCCUCUGGAGGACGGUGAUCAUCGGGGAACAGGAGCACCGGAUUGACAUGCAGAUCAUCCGCCCGUACCAGAGAGUCAUCACGCAUGGAGGUUACUUUGGUGAGGGCCUCAACGCCAUCAUCGUGUUCUCUGCCUGCUACCUGCCUGACAGCAGCGUUCCAGACUACCACUACAUCAUGGAGAACCUCUUCCUGUACGUGGUGAGCAGCCUGGAGAUGCUGGUCGCCGAAGACUACCUGAUUAUCUACAUGAACGGAGCCACGCCCAGGAGUAAGAUGCCCGGCAUUAGCUGGCUCAAGAAAUGCUACCAGAUGAUCGACAGAAGAUUGAGGAAGAACUUGAAGUCUCUGGUCAUUGCUCAUCCCACUUGGUUCAUACGCACGGUCCUGGCGAUAUCCAGGCCCUUCAUCAGUGUGAAGUUCAUGAAUAAGAUCCAGUAUGUCCACAGCCUGGAUGAACUGGCCCAGAUGGUCCCCAUGGAGCAUGUCCAUGUCCCAGAAUGUGUAGUGCACUUUGAUGAGGAAAGGAUUACAGCCAGGAAGGAAAGGAUGGAGCAAGAGCAGAAGCAUCAACAGUCAGUCUCACAGGAACCAGUCAACAAAAAAUCGGAGAGGCCAAAGUCAACGAUUGUAGAGCAAGGAUUAUGAAAAGGGAGGAACUCUCGGACUAAAGUGCCCCGCGUAGCAUGAAUGUAUUCAUUUCAAGCUGAAAGAGGCAGCAAAUCCAACUUCUCUCCCCGUGCUUCCUUGUCCCGACACCAUCCAGCUGCUCAUCAGACGCUCAUCCUUGCCCUUUCUACCACGGGGGUUCACACUUUGUAGCAUUUGCAAAGGAGCGCUUCUUUGGACUUGACGGGUGAACUCAUGCACUGGAAGACUGAAAGCUUUUGCUCUUUUUUGGAACAUGGAAAGUCCGCAAAGAAAUGCUGCCUCGUGGACGCAGAGACAUGUGAUGCAAGACAGAGAGAAAGAGGCUUCGUGUAUGUUUAUGUAAAUAGCAGUCUUCUUUAUUUAGCGCCAUCCUGUUGUGAAGUAACGCCUUUUCAAGCGAGUUUGACAAUUGGCAAUUAUUCAGAUGCACUAAGACCGCUUUAAAUCUCUCACGUGUAGCCCGUGUAGCCUCAUUAGAAACAUCUUACUGAAAGGGAGACAUUCAUGAAAAAAAGGAAGCAGUGCAACCUUACUUUUAUAUUCUCAUUGCAUGCUUAUGAUCAGGGAUGCUAUUGAUGAUAUUGGCUUUCUUACCAAUACGGUGUUCCCUCACUCCAUCGCGGUUCACCUUUGGCGGGUUCGCUGUUAUUUUUUUAGUGCUUCUUUAGCUCCGUUACAGGCCGAGCCUGGCCCUUUAAGAGGAAUUGCAUAGUGGGAAGUUGAGUGUCUCUCUUCCUUCACUGGUCUGUUCUGCGCCGUCUAUUGUUUUCUACAUCCUGAUUGGCUGUGGACCCUUGUCAAUCAAUCUCUUUCGUACCGCCCUACCGUGCUUCCUGUGUCAUCGCUAGCUUGCAUGCUUGCUAGCUUGUAAAUGAAUCUUCGGUUGGAAGGACUACGGCAAUAUGUUUUAUCGAGGAUACAAAAACGCUACAGUACAGCGGAACGCCGCCAGGACGAAAAAAAUACACGUGUUUAAAAUUGUUACGCUCUGUAUUAAGUUCAUAAACGAGUCAUAACCAAACGAAGCAUUCAGUCCGAUAGACUUGGUAUAUGUAGCCAAACCCUGCACAUGUUUUGCAACAUGAACUCAAGUCAACAAAAAGCACAAAAUAAUCUGAUGGAUUCUGAUAUUUUUUGCGAUAUUGUUUGCUAUAAAACGGGUAAUUUAUUGUUUGCAGUUUUCAGCACCCGUUAUUGCAUCUGCCUUGUGAAUACAACAGAAUAGAAUAAACAGUACCUCCACCAAAAAUCUCGUUUUUAUUUUGCUUUAUGCCUCCUGUGUCUUUGGCUGCUUCUGGUGGAGUUUUCGCCUCUAAAAUUUUGAUUUGGGGGGGGGGGCCCAGUGUAGAGACGGCCCCAGGCCCAGGGGCCAUUUACAGCAAGUGGCUGUUUUUUUUUUUUUUAUAUUCUAAAAAUAUCAUUUAACAAGAAAACUAAAGGAAAAAAACAGCAUAAAAUGAAAAAUCAACAGUAAUUUUCCAAGAAUAAAGGCAAAAUAUUACGAGAAAAAAGUUGUAAUCUAACAAGAAACAUCACCAUAUUAUGAGGAAAAAAUGUUAUUUUAGUAGCAUGAAGUUGAAAUAUUCAAGAAAAAAGUUUUUUUUUUUUAAGUUGUAAUGUUAUGAGAGGCAAACAAAACAACAAAUAAAGUUGUAAUUUUUGGAAAGUCAGGUUGCAGAAAAAGUUAUAAUGUUACGAGAAUAAAGUCAAAAUAUUAUGGGAAUAAAGUCAUCAUUGCAAGAUGAAAAUUGAAAAGAAAAAAGUUGGGGGGAAAAAACAGCAGAAAAAAAAUCUGCAUAAUUUUACAAGAAUAAAGUCAAAAUAUUAAGAAAAAAAUCGUAUUUCAAUGAGAAAUGAGAAUACAUUGGUAAUAUUCUCAGGAAAAUGUAGUAGCAUAUAGUUGAAAUGUUAAAGAAAAAAAUGAUAUAUUUUUUCAAGUUGUAAUGUUAUGAGAACAAAGUCAAAAUAUUAUGGGAAUAAACAUGAAGAAAUUUGAAAUGAGAAUAAACUCAAUUUUAUGAGUCAUUUUAGGAGCUUGAAGUUGAAAUAUUAAAGAAAAAGACGUUCUUUUUUUGAGGUUGUAAUACUGUGACAAGCAAACAAAACAAGCAAUAAAGUUGUAAUUUUUGGAAUGUUCAGUUGCAGAGAAUGUUGUUGUCUUAAGAGAACAAAGUCCAAAUAUCAUGGGAAUAAAGUCAAAAUUACGAGAAAAAAAUGUACAAAGUUGAAAUUGAAUUGAAGUUGGGGGGGG